AUGGGGGCACGAAACGUAAGGGCUAGUGUGUCUCCUCUUCAUGAAGAGAUUGAGGCUUUAGUCUGGGCUAUGGAAUGUAUGAGGAAUUUACUUCAAUUUCAAGUUACUUUUGCAACAGAUUGUUCUCAAUUGGUGAAGAUGGUUUUGGAACCAGAUGAAUGGCCAGCUUUUGCAAGUUACUUGGAAGAUAUAAAGAACCUCCAGCAGAGUUUUGUUAGCUCCAAGAUAAUUCAUGUACCAAGAACACAAAAUUUAAGGGCUGACAGUCUUGCACGCAGUGUCAGGAAGCAAACAUCCUUCGUCGUUCACAUGGAUACGGAGCUACCCGUUUGGUUCACAGAGUCAGUCUGA